UCAAGAAACAUCCUUGGUCAGACCUGGAGAUACAAGAUGGGGCUCUCAUUACACAACCUUAUCUCGCAUUGAAUCAAUGUGGGAUGCAGUCAUAGAAGUUUUGGGCAUUGUUGAGGAUGAUGUGCGUGUUCCAUGUAGAGCAGGAGGUUUGGUUCAUCAAAUGGAGACUUUUAGCUUUGUGUUCAUCCUGAAGAUGAUGCUAAAGAUCCUUCGUAUGACAAAUGAUUUGUCUCUUCUAUUGCAAAAGAAGGAUCAAAAUGUUGUUCAGGCAAUGUCAUUGGUUACGGAUGUGAGAACACGUUUGAUCAAUUGGAGAAAUGAUGGUUGGGAGCCACUCUUGGAAGAUGCCAAAGCCUUUUGCACCAAAAACGACAUUCCAAUACCAAAUAUGGAUGACAUGUUUACAAAGUGGGGAAAAUCAAGAAAAGGUGGACGAAACAAUGUCACAGCUGAUCAUUUUUUUCGUGUGGACACCUUCUAUGCUGCCAUAGACUCCAUCACCACAGAGUUUGAUCAUCGUUUCAAUGAGGUAUCUUCAGAGCUGCUCCAGAACUUCUCUUGUCUUGACCCAAUAAACUCUUUUCUAGGUUCAAUGUGAAUAAGCUUGCUAGACUCACAGAGAUUUAUUGUGAGGAUUUCUCAGAUUAUGAACGUGAACAUAUAGUUGAUAACCUCGAGCUAUUCAUUAUCC